CACUCUUAUAACAACCAGUCUCCAUUCUUCAGUCUGAUCCACUCCCUGCCCCUGUUAUCUACUAAUCUCGGAUGGCAAAACUGUCAGAUCCUCUUGUUGUGGGGAGAGUGAUUGGAGAUGUUAUUGAUGCUAUCUCCCCAUCUGUGAAAAUGACUGUCACUUUCAACUUCAACAAGCAGGUAUAUAAUGGCCAUGAGUUAUUUCCGUCCUCAGUAACCAACAAGCCUAAGGUUGAGGUUCAUGGAGGUGAUAUGAGAUCCUUUUUCACCCUGGUAAUGACAGACCCAGAUGUUCCUGGUCCUAGUGACCCAUACCUGAAGGAGCACUUACACUGGAUAGUAACAGAUAUCCCCGGGACAACAGAUGCUACAUUUGGAAGGGAAGUGGUGAACUACGAAAUGCCGAGGCCAAACAUAGGGAUCCACAGGUUUGUGUUCCUCCUUUUCAAGCAGAAACGCAGGCAAACAGUGAUAAGCACACCAUCAUCACGGGAUCAUUUCAAUACCAGAAAGUUUGCAGAAGAAAACGAGCUGGGCCUUCCUGUUGCAGCUGUCUAUUUCAAUGCUCAAAGGGAAACAGCUGCAAGAAGACGCUAAAAUAAGUGGUGCAGAUGGAUCGUGAUGUUU